UUUCCGAAAGAAAUCUUGGAUAUUAUCGAUAAGGUUGGAUACAAGGAACCAACUCCUAUUCAGCGGCAAGCUAUUCCGAUUGGUUUGCAGAACAGGGACAUCAUCGGUAUUGCUGAAACCGGUUCCGGUAAGACAUUAGCCUUUUUGAUUCCACUGUUGAAUUGGAUUCAAUCGCUUCCGAAGAUCGAUCGACUAGAAACGGCUGAUCAGGGCCCUUACGCGAUUAUUCUGGCCCCAACCCGUGAGUUGGCACAACAGAUCGAGGAAGAAACGCAGAAAUUUGGACAACCGUUGGGUAUUCGUACAGUUGUUGUUGUAGGUGGUUUAUCCCGAGAAGAGCAAGGAUUCCGGCUUCGGCUCGGUUGCGAAAUUGUCAUUGCCACCCCGGGUCGUUUGAUUGAUGUUUUGGAGAACCGUUACUUGGUAUUGAAUCAGUGUACGUACAUCGUUUUGGAUGAGGCUGAUCGUAUGAUUGACAUGGGUUUUGAACCGGAUGUGCAGAAAAUUUUAGAAUACAUGCCCGUAACCAAUUUGAAACCAGACACCGAGGAAGCUGAAGAUGCCUCCAAACUGAUGGCAAACUUUAAUACCAAAAAGAAGUAUCGUCAAACGGUGAUGUUCACGGCCACUAUGCCUCCGGCUGUGGAACGUCUUGCCCGUACGUAUCUUCGUCGUCCUGCUACAGUUUAUAUUGGUUCCGUUGGUCGUCCAACCGAACGAACGGAACAGAUUGUACACAUCAUGACCGAGAACGAGAAGCGUAAGAAGUUGAUGGAAAUUCUGUCCCGGGGUGUCGAACCUCCGUGCAUUAUCUUCGUCAACCAGAAGAAAGGUGCGGACGUUCUUGCCAAAGGAUUGGAAAAAUUGGGCUACAACGCCUGUACGCUGCACGGUGGCAAAGGUCAGGAACAGCGAGAGUACGCUCUGGCUUCGCUCAAGAACGGCUCGAAAGACAUUCUGGUCGCGACGGAUGUUGCUGGUCGUGGUAUCGAUAUCAAGGACGUUUCGCUGGUCAUCAACUACGACAUGGCCAAAACAAUCGAGGAUUACACCCAUCGUAUUGGCCGUACUGGUCGUGCCGGUAAGACCGGUUGUGCUAUUUCCUUCUGCACCAAGGACGACAGUCAUCUGUUCUACGAUCUGAAGCAGAUAAUUAUGGCGAGUCCGGUGUCGGUUUGUCCGCCGGAACUGAUGAAUCAUGCUGACGCUCAGCAUAAACCCGGAACAGUGGUCACCAAGAAACGAAGAGAGGAAAAGAUUUUCGCCUAAUCUUCGGCUAGGAUUAAUCUUGUCACGAUUACGAUUGCAAGACAACAAUGUGUAGGAAGUUCUGUCAA